AUGAAGUUGAGUGAGCACGGCAGGGAGUUCUGGUCGUCGUACCUGCGGCUGGGCAAGGGACAGAAGAUCUUCUUCGGACUGUUCCUCAUAGGAUGUGGCAGCCUCGGCUUGUACGUCGAUUCGCUCGUCGCUCCCGCCGAUACCAAUCACCAGCGAACCGGGCAGCCAACAAGCCGAAUCCAAUCUGCCGGCGAUGAGCACGCCUCUCGGGAGUAG